GAGUGAAGGAGUCACCCGGGACCCUAGCCUCUGAGGGGCUCGGCCGCUUCCGGUCCCUCAGAGGAGGGGCGCCGGGGUGUGCAGCCUCUCCUAGUGGAGGGACUUGGUUCGCCGCCUCUCUGGGGCCGGGUUGGGUUCCCUAAUGUUCAUUCCAAAAUCCUGGCUCCCCACGCCCCCCCAGCCCAGGUUCUUCGACAGCCGCGUGGCUGAGUCACGGGCGGGGCCGCGCUGGGGCACGUGGCGGUCUGCGCCCGCCAUCCCUUGACCUCUGAUCUGCGCGCCUCCCGCCCGGGGGUGGAAAAAUCCUGCAGGGAGCGGCAGGAGAUAAGAGAGGAGGGGCGGGACGGGGACGCGACGGCAGGUGGGGGACCCUAGGGUGGAGGCAAGGAGGGCGACCCCGAGGGUAGGGCCGACGGGGAGGAGCGCUCGAGAGCCGCCGCCGCGUGAGUCACCCGCUCCCGCGCCGGCGAGUGAAAAGCUGAGACGCCCGGAGAAACCAGCCGGUCAGCCCGCCAGACUUCCACGGAGCGCCGGGCAGACCCCACACUAGCCCUAGACCUGCCCAGGCGGAGAGAGUUACCAGUGCAGAGAUUCACUUCCUGCGGUGCUGUAAAUGGAUGGACAGAGUGGCCACGGGAGUCCAAGAGUUUACAAAGGGUCAUCCCCCUCUUCCCGUCCAUUCAUGUUUUUUUUUUUUUUCCAUUCGUGAUAUAACACCAUUCUUUGAUAGGCAAGGAUUGAACGCUGAAGUGCCCACAGUCGGUGGAGAAAAGGGCUCCUGACCACUUAGACUUCACGCAGGGACAUAAAUGCUGUCCCAGCAGUAUCUGUCGGGAGCCAGGCCAGCGCUCAGUGCUGGUCUAUAUUCGUCUCCUGGCCUCUCAUAGCUCAUCACUGGCCAAGAGAAGAUAGGGUGGAGUGGUGCCGGGAUGGCUGUUCUGAGGACCCUGCGAGGUGAAAGCGCUGGCCUUCUUUGGUCGAGGGGUGUCGACUUUAGACCGCAGAGCUGGCUCAGCAUCACUGAUGCCUUCCCCCAACUGUGCGGCCUGCGCCGCUGCCUGCCUCUGACUGCGUGGAGCACGUGUACACGUCAGUCUUGCAGCCCCUUUUCUAGGCCCCCUCCUCAGCCUGCAGGGCUCAGAUUACCCCUGGCCUUUCCAAAAGGGCACUGGUUCCUCUUUAACCUUUGCAAAGGGGGGAAUGUAAGUUUGAGGGGAAAGACCCUCCCAUCAGAAGCCUCUCUCCAGCUUUCCCAAAGAGUGGACCUCAAAGUAGAGACUUUUAUUGGGGGGCAGAAAGAAAAUGCAUAAGGGUAAUCAUGAACUUUUAAGAAGGGGGCUGCAUGCCCCAGGCCAGAAGCUUCUGCUCCAGGCUGUAGUGGGCACUUGGCUGCCUUCCAGCCAUGGCCAUGCAAAAAAUCUUUGCCCGAGAAAUCCUGGACUCCAGGGGCAACCCCACCGUGGAGGUGGACCUGCACACAGCCAAGGGCCGAUUCCGAGCAGCUGUGCCCAGUGGAGCUUCCACGGGUAUCUAUGAAGCACUGGAACUUCGAGAUGGAGACAAAUCACGAUACCUGGGGAAAGGAGUGCUGAAGGCUGUGGAGCACAUCAACAAGACUCUAGGUCCUGCUCUGCUGGAGAAGAAACUAAGUGUUGUGGAUCAAGAAAAAGUUGACAAAUUUAUGAUUGAGCUGGAUGGGACCGAGAAUAAGUCCAAGUUUGGGGCCAAUGCCAUCCUGGGUGUGUCCCUGGCCGUUUGUAAGGCUGGAGCAGCUGAGAAAGGGGUCCCUCUGUACCGACACAUCGCAGACCUUGCAGGGAAUCCUGACCUCGUACUUCCUGUGCCUGCCUUCAAUGUGAUCAAUGGGGGCUCCCAUGCUGGAAACAAGCUAGCCAUGCAGGAGUUCAUGAUUCUGCCAGUGGGAGCCAGCUCCUUCAAGGAAGCCAUGCGCAUUGGUGCUGAGGUCUACCACCACCUCAAGGGGGUCAUCAAGGCCAAGUACGGGAAGGACGCCACCAACGUGGGGGACGAGGGCGGCUUUGCACCCAACAUCCUGGAGAACAAUGAGGCCCUGGAGCUGCUAAAGACAGCCAUUCAGGCGGCUGGUUACCCAGACAAGGUGGUAAUCGGCAUGGAUGUGGCAGCAUCUGAGUUCUAUCGCAACGGGAAGUAUGAUCUGGACUUCAAGUCACCUGAUGAUCCUGCGAGGCACAUCAGUGGGGAGAAACUUGGGGAGCUGUACAAGAACUUCAUCAAGAACUAUCCUGUGGUCUCCAUUGAAGACCCCUUUGACCAGGAUGACUGGGCCACAUGGACCUCGUUCCUCUCUGGGGUGGACAUCCAGAUUGUGGGAGAUGACCUCACAGUCACCAACCCCAAGAGGAUUGCUCAGGCUGUUGAGAAGAAGGCCUGCAAUUGCCUGCUACUCAAGGUCAACCAGAUCGGCUCAGUGACAGAAUCCAUCCAGGCCUGCAAACUGGCACAGUCUAAUGGCUGGGGAGUGAUGGUGAGCCACCGUUCUGGGGAGACCGAAGACACUUUCAUUGCUGACCUUGUGGUGGGACUCUGCACAGGACAGAUCAAGACUGGUGCCCCCUGCCGUUCAGAGCGCCUGGCAAAAUACAACCAGCUCAUGAGGAUUGAGGAGGCUCUUGGGGACAAAGCUGUCUUUGCUGGACGAAAGUUCCGUAAUCCAAAGGCCAAAUGAGAAGCUGGAGACUCCAGGAUUGCACAGGACACAGGCCUUCAAGCCCUUCUCCCAGAAAUAAACACUGCCAAACAAUA